CUACCGGUGAUGCUAAUAAAGACAGCCUUUGCUUAUCGAUAAUGACAGAGGCUCUAUUAUCCAGCAAGAGCACACACGGAAGCCCGUUUGGGCCAAAUUAACACAAGCUGUAUACCCAAAAAAAUUGUUGAAAAGCUUGUGUUUAGACAAAAUAGGUCGGAAGAUUGGAAUCCAUCAGAAAUCCUCUGCGUCUGCUUACGCAUUGACGUAAUAACACGCAGUAAGCACAACCUGACGCGCGAUUCUGUGGUCAAGUGCUUAAAAUCCGGGGGGAAAGCUUGAAGACAUGAGUCCUAAAACAUGGCUCUCAACAUUCUACAGACACGUAUGACGGUCGGUGAGGUGCAUGCGGAGUGGUGACAAAAGAUUGAAAGGUGACGUCAAGGACACUACAUCCAUGUUGUGUACAGUCUACGGAUUGGACACCAUGAAAGGGGGGAACUCAAGGUGUGCAUUUUCCCUGGGCUUUCUGGUGGGCACCUGUACCCUAUACGUCUUCUUGAGGCAGGUGUGGUUUGAGGAGAGCUUCAGCUGGCAGCGUGACGGUAAGAACCUUACUCCACCGGGGCCAGAGCCAAACAACAACAAUCUUACCCGGAGAGUGGAUGGAUCUUCCCUGAUCAACCUUAAACUGCCCCACCAGUCAGGAGAGGAUGAUCAUGUUGCGGAUGAGCUAUUUAAGAAUGUGCGUAUCUUGUGCUGGGUGAUGACAGGGCCCAGUAAUCUACAGUCAAAGGCUCGCCACGUAAAGGCCACAUGGACUCGACACUGUAAUGUAGUGUUGUUCAUGAGCUCCGAAGAAGACCGAAGCUUUCCCACGGUGGGCCUCGGCACUGGAGAAGGCCGUGACCAGCUGUACUGGAAAACUAUUCGGGCCUUCCACUACGUACUGAAGAACCACGGUAAUGAUGCAGACUGGUUCCUCAAAGCCGACGAUGACACUUUUGUUGUUGUGGACAACUUGCGCUGGAUCUUGUCCAACUACACGGCGGAUCAGCCCAUCUACUUCGGCAAGAGAUUCAAGCCGUACGCCAAGCAGGGCUACAUGAGCGGCGGAGCGGGUUACGUGCUCAGUAAGGAGGCCCUCAGAAGAUUCGUGGAGGGUUUUAACACUAAAGUUUGCACUCAUACCACCUCAGUGGAGGACCUUGCUAUGGGUCAGUGUUUGGAGAAGAUGGGCGUGGUAGCAGGUGACUCCAGAGACACGCUACUGCGAGAAACCUUCCAUCCCUUCAUUCCUGAACAUCAUCACGGGAAGUUCUCGAAGACCUUCUGGUACUGGAACUACUGCUUCUAUCCUAUUGUAGAGGGUCCACAGUGCUGCUCAGAUUUAGCAGUGUCUUUUCACUACGUAGACCCUUUGCUUAUGUAUACUCUUGAGUACUACACAUAUGGUUUGAGAGCAUACGGUUAUCAGCAUCGCUAUCAGCCUCCGGAGCCUGCUGUACUAGACCCACCCCCCCAAACUGUGAAGCCCACCAAAGUACCACAGACAACAGAGGAGCAUGUUUACAAAAAAACAUCCAACGCAGUGAAGCAAAGAACUGAAGCAAGAAAGACUUUUCAGAAUGAGAGACUUACAAAUGGAACACAGAAAGGAAACUCAAUGGACAGUAGCUUAACAUCAACACAUCAGAGUCAAGAAUAGCUAGUGUCUUCAAUGUGAUCCUGUUUUGAUAUGUGAAUGAAAAUUAAAUUUAAUGUGGCAUUAUUAUGUGCAGUAGAACAACAGUCAAAUAUUGCACAUAAGGAAAUGAAUAGUGGACUUGUGUAGCGUUUUUAUUUAUUGAGACUGUGUACCGAGCAGAUGUAUUUACACCUCUUAACUGGUUUGAUUAUUUGAUAAACUACUACUUACCUUAUCUACAAAUCUGCAGAGCACAUAUUGUAGUAAGGUACCUGAUGCAGUGUAUUUAUUUUUUGGUCUGUUUUAAUAAAUUGCUUUGCCGUCUUG